UCUUAGAAAUUUACAUACUAAAUGCAACAACUAGUUAUUUGCCGAUGACAUAUUAAUAUUUACAUACGCUGCUAAUAAUCGCAUUUGCAUUAACGAGUGCAUUCACCUGCAUUAUUAAUACAUGCUGGAUGCUUGCUCAAACCUUCGGUUUCGACGACGACGACAACGACGACAGUGUAGUGUUUCUAGUCGACCAUAGGUGGCGGUAUGGGCGGAGUGACCGAUCAGCCAACUGAUUGACGAGGCGGACCUGAUAAUUAUUUUAAUUAUAUUUAAUUAAUUAUAAUUAUUAUAAUCAUUAAACAUAUUGUAAGAAAGAUUUUGAUACAUUGAUUUUAUUGUAUAAAACAUUAUUACGAUGAUGGUGAAGAGUUUUUUUCGUCGAUUAGCAACAUUAUUUAAAUGCUGUAUUUCGGAAAAUAAGAUGCAUAAUACAAAUGGUAAUGUAGUUAGUUCAAUCUAGCUCAGAUAUUUUUUUAACGAAUAAUACUAAAAUAUAUACAAAAAAGUAUAUUGGAAAAUGCAAAAAGAUAAAAAUUUACUUAAACAUAAUAUAUAAUUUACUAUACUAAAAUUUGAUGUUGCAUAACGGGAUGAAUAAUGCAUUAAGCUGGGAAAAAUAGAAUAAUUUUCUGUGAAAUAUUAUAUUUAAAAUUGUAAAUAUUAAUUGACUCUAAGACAAUUUUAAGACUAUAAACUUAACAAUGAAUUAUAGGAGAUAGGUGCUUAGUAAAAACAAUAAUAUAUUGAGCUUUUCCCGUAGUGUCACUUAUGUAACAAUUAACUCUAAAAAAUACACUAUAGGAAUUUUAGUAAGAUAUUUUAUUCAUUCUAUCAAAAAUUUAUUAUUUUGUAAUUAUUGUUUAGACAAUAAUAAUAAUGGAAUUCGAAAUAUUAAUUAGAAAUUAUGUCAGGUGAUGUACGUAUUAAACACAUAGAAUUUACCACAACGCAAAUUAAAGAUAUCGAUAUUGAAAAUAUAUUGUCAGUAGGUGGUGUGUUUACUGUAAAACAAGAGAGUGGUGACGAUAAGAUUCCUGUGGAAAGUAUGAAUUUACAUGUAGAUGCGAAUGAACUUAGCACUUCCCAUAUUAUAGUCGAGGAUGAUCACCCAAAUAAUCGUACGACAGAACUUGAAGUAACAGCUAUUGAAGAAGCAGUAUUUAUGGAAACGCGUAAACAUGAAGAAGGUGUUAUACGUUAUUUUGGUAGAAAUAAUAAAGCUGAAAGAUAUUGUUGGUUCUUAUCGAUAUUAUAGAUCUCCACAAAAAGCAAAGUUUGCUGUCGAUGAUUCACAAACAAAUUGGGCGAAGGAUGUAGAGAAAGUUGGAGACAUUUAUGGCCA